CUCACGGUCAAACGACAAGACGGGUUCAACCUGAACCGGUGCAGGCUCAUCACUUGGUUAGUGCAAUGUGAGAGGCUUGCAGGAAACAUCCUCAUCUAUCCAGCGUUGGCUACUCAUAGUAACGCCUUAUCGGCUACAGGUAAAUAAUGUGCGCCUUCGAGGAAGACGAUUUCGCUUCAGUUGCGGUAUUUUGAGCCAUUUGUCAGCAGAGUCGAUUGUCCGCCUUAACCGGACGUUUGACCUGUGUGCGAUCCCUGAUGAGUGGCUGUACAGAGCUAUCGUGCCAUGCACAAGCUGAACAUCCCCUCAUAAAAAGCGCUGUCAAAGAGGCUCUAUGGUGUUCUCUCUGCCUUCGUUUUGUUUCCGUCGCGCCAUCGAAUAAACCCUAAACUUAUCUAUCCUACCAAUGGCGAACUUGCUCCUUGUUUGCAUCAUUGCGCCGUUUCUGGUAGCCCUCUAUGUCUUCCGCAACAAACCAAAGCGAUCCAAACCCUUACCUCCUGGGCCAAAGCCAAAGCUCUUUCUUGGUAACGCGAAGGACAUUCCUUCCUCUCAUAAAGAGCUCAAGUUUGCAGAGUGGGGUAAAGAGUAUGGAGACGUUGUAUACCUCACCGCGUUCUCGCGGCCCAUCAUCGUCUUAAACAGUGCCAAAGCAGCUAUCGACCUCCUCGAUAAACGAUCCGCCAUAUAUUCCUCCCGCCCUCACUCUCAUAUGGCCGAUGUCAUGGGCUAUUCCUCAAGCACACUUCUCGCGCCCUACGGAGACACUUUCCGCCGUGCGCGCAAGCUUCUCAACUCGGCGCUCAACUCGCGUACGGCCAAGACGUACUGGCCCAUUCAGGAGGAUGCCGUUCAUAAAUAUCUUGCCCGGUUGCUUGAAAAACCAGAGCAGUUUAGAGAACAUGUUAAAAGGACGAGCAGUGGUAUCAUCUUGAAGGUGGCGUAUGGGUAUGAGUUGAAGGAGGAAGACCCGGUCCUUCCCCUUGUGGAAGCAGCCACUGAUUCGUUCGGGCGUGCGGUGGGAGGGGGUUAUUUUGUGGAUUACUUGCCUAUUCUGAAGAGGGUCCCGCUCACAUUUUGGAAGGCCGAAACCCGCCAAUUCAUUCUCGCGGGUCGAUCACUGAGCGUGAGAAUACGUGAGGAGUUGUUCGGGUUUGUGAAACGGAAGAUGGCCGAGGGUACCGCUGAACCUUCGUUCACUUCCACCCUUCUUGAGGCUAGAGGGACGAUUACUGGUCUUACUGCGCAGGCGGAAGAAAAUCUGAUCAAAAGUACUGCUGCUAUUCUCUAUGGAGCGGGCUCGGACACGACGGCAGCUACGAUCGCUUCCUUUAUCCUUGCCAUGACGAUCCAUCCAGAGAUUCAACUCAAAGCCCAGGCUGAGCUUAAUUCCAUUGUAGGUUCAGAACGCCUACCCACAUGGGACGAUCGUCCUUCCCUUCCAUACAUCGAUGCCAUACUCAAGGAAACACUCCGAUGGAACACCGCUACCCCUCUUGGGGUCCCACACGCCCUCAUCCAAGAUGAUAUUUACGACGGGAUGCUCAUUCCAGGUGGAGCAACUGUCAUCUCUAACAUUUGGGCAAUCAUGAGGGAUCCAAAGGAAUACGAAGAUCCCUUUACGUUCAAACCCGAACGAUUCCUAGUGGAGAACCCUCCUACGGACCCACAUAGUUACGCGUUUGGGUUUGGGAGAAGAAGCUGUCCUGGGAAGGAUGUAGCGAGUGCGACGGUGUUUAUGAGCAUCGCGUGUACGUUGCAUUGCUUUAGUAUUGGGAAGGCGAAGGAUGAGAAAGAGAAGGAUAUCGAGCCACAGAUUGGGUGGACGACUGGAUUGGUGAUGCACCCUACGGAGUAUGGAGCUACGUUUACACCUCGGUCCGCUAAAGCCGUGGAGCUCAUCAAGACGGUCAAUUUGGAUUGAUGAAUGAUGUUUUGUUCACAAAGGCAGCGAAUCCCCUCCCCUCCUCCCUUACCUUGUUAUGUUGCAGUGUAGCGAUGUAAAUACUUUGUUUGGGUUUGUUUGUUUGUUUUUCUUCUAAACAGCUGCUGUCGGGCACGCGAUUGGAUUAAUCCUGUUAGCCAUCGUCCCGCCUCAGCCGUAUUGACAUGCAUGACGUGGCAUGAUGUUUCCGUUUUCCAAAAACAUCAAUAUUGUAUUUCAUGCACUUCUAUUGACACUGACAGAAUAUUAGAGAUUGCAAGGGA